AUGCCCACGGCUUGGGGCUCCCACCGCCGACGCGGGGGACCCGGUCUCCAGCAGGGGCUUGCCACGUUGCCCAGCACUCUGUCCUGGACACAAAGCUGCUGGCGACGGCGACAGGGUGCCCCCCCCCCCCCCCCGGCGCUGACAAGCUCUUGCCCGGCCUCAAGGCCCCCGGUGCCCCCUACCUCUCUGGAGCAAGCCGCUGCCCCCGCCCGGAUCCCAGCGCCCGGGGCCCACGGCAGGGUGCACGCGGCCCCCCGGGGGCCGGGGUCCCCCCGGGGCCGGCGGCGGGAGACGGGGUCCCCCCGGGGCCGGCGGCGGGAGACGGGGUCCCCCCGGGGUCGGCGGCGGGAGACGGGGUGCCCCCGGGGCCGGCGGCGAGGAACGACCCCCACAACCCCCCAGGGCCGUGCACAGCCGGGUGUCUGCGCCGAGCGGGGCGCCGGCCACCGGCGGGCAAGAGGCACCCGAAGGGCCGGGGCUGCACCUCGCCGAGACUCGAGACGGCCGCACCGCCACCGCCGGAGCCGCCUCACUCCGGUCCGCCUUUCCAUCACCGGAAAGAACCAGACCCGACCGACCCCCCUUCCUGAGAUGACCUCCGCCCCCGCCCGCCCGGGCCCCCAGCCCAAGCCGCGGGCCUACGAGCUCUGCGCUGUCCCGAGACCGUCGCGUCCCGCCCCGGGGCCCCCGGCGGCUCCCCAAACGCCCAUCCCGGGCCCUCACCUGGCCCUCCGGCAGCCAUCUUGCCGCCCGGCCCCGCCCGCCGAGUCCUCCGCGAUCCCAGCAGUCUCUCGGCUCCGCGCUAUUCGCGUCCCUUCGGCCAUUUUCGUUUCUGCUCCCGAAGGGGCCCGACCGCGCCGCACUUCGGGAGUUGAUUCCGAUCCGCGGCCGAGGCCGGUUCAACCCGUCCGGCAGCGCUCGGGCACUUUCGUACUGGAGGAGGCGGAGAGCCGAGGCUCGAGCGUAUUCGGGCUCGGCAGGGUUCGGCUCCGUUCGGCUCCGCCUCGGACGGACUCGGCUCCCACUCGCGGCGGGGGCGAGCGGAGCCUACGGCGAAAGGUUCUCUGGGCGCGCUGCGUCGGAGGCCGGCGAGAUUCGGCCCCGCAGUCGGCGACCCCGUUGCGGGGCACGGCGGGUGGCGCAGGCCGCCUAGGCGCCGAGUGAGGGUAGCGCAGAGCUGCUCGGAAGUCCUCGUGCCGCCUCGGGCCAAUUCGGACAGACUCGGCUCCGCGCUUCGGGCCGCUUCGGCCCUCCUCGGUUCCGGACUCUUGGCCGUCGGCAGGGCUCGACUGGGCCGCUUCGUGCCGGUUCGG